AUGUUGAAUGUAUCCAAAAAACGUGUGGUAAUUUCUGGAUUGCAAAGAUAUUCUCAAGACGUGAAAAAUUUGUACAAGUUCUUCAGUGAGGAAGAAAAUGAGAACCAGAAAUACAGAACGCUCGAUGAGAAGGACUAUAAGAGAUUUCUGAGUAAAAGAGCGCUGACUCAGAAGCCUGCACCCACGAGACAAUUGAUCGCUAAAUCUGAGAAAAGCACAAGAAAAAUAUGUCGAAGUUUAGGAGAAGGUAUGCCCAAUGAAUAUACGUUUCCGUUCACUAACCUCGAACUCACCACAAGGAGUGGAGACAGAAUAACAAUAGAAGGACCCCAGUUGGACGAGGCCCUGCAGUAUAUACCACCGAGAGGACAACCUGAUCUACGUACAGAACUAAAUAACUUUCAACAAGAGCUACAUCGCCCCCCUCCUCUACCUCGUAAUCUUUUAAUCACCACCGGAGGUCAACACGGCAUUUUUCUUUGUGUGGAACUGCUAGUGGAUCAUGGAGAUCCCAUAAUUUGUACCGAGUACUCGUAUACAGGCUUGAAUUACAUCUUAAAACCCUAUAAUGUGGAAUAUAUCGGAAUCAAAGAAGAUAAAGACGGUUUGAUUCCAGAAGAAUUAGAAUCAGUGCUGAAUACAAGAUUGAAACAAGGACUCAAAAUGCCAAAAGUAUUAUUUGUUGUUCCGACAGGCAGCAAUCCUACUGGCUUUCUGCUGUCUGAGAGCAGGAAACGAAGGAUUUACGAGAUAGCUUGCAAAUACGAUCUAAUAAUUGUAGAAGAUGAAGUUUACAUGUUCUUGAAUUACACUGAUAAAGUGACACCAUCUUUCCUGUCUCUGGAUACAACAGGUCGUGUGGUCCGUAUAGAUUCCAUCUCGAAGGUUGUCAGUGCUGGGUUGAGAGUGGGCUGGCUGACGGGACCUCAACCUCUCAUCAGAUAUACUGAAUUUUCAUUAAUGUCACAAAUGCUGCAUAGCUGCUCAUUAGCUCAGUCUGUAACUUAUAGUCUCAUGGCGGAUCGAGACCGUCUAACAGCGCAUAUACAGAGCACUAUAAAUUUUUACAAAAAACAGAAGGAUUAUGUAAAUAAUGCUUUGAAGAAGAUUGAAGAUCUGAUAGAAUGGGAGGAUCCGGCUGGUGGAUACUUCCACUGGGUAAAGAUACGUGGACUUGAAGACGUGCGUAAUAUGGUUUUCAACACGGCCUUCAAGCAUGGCUUGAUGUUAGAGCCAGGUCACAAUUUCAGUUACAACACUGAGAGGCCAUCUCCGUACAUACGCCUGACAUUCACGAGAAUGAACUUGGAACAACUAGACAAUAACGUUAAUACUAUUCGUGAUAUUAUAAUAGAAGAAAGAAAACUACAACAAAAAACAUUCGCGAAAUCUGAGAAAAGCAAAGGUAUAAUAUGUAGAACUUUAGGAGAAGGUAUGCCCAAUGAAUAUACGUUUCCGUUCACUAACCUCGAACUCACCACAAGGAGUGGAGACAGAAUAAUAAUAGAAGGACCCCAGUUGGACGAGGCACUGCAAUAUAUAUCGGCAAAAGGAUUGCCGUGUCUACAUCAAGAGCUAAGUAACUUCCAACAAGAGCUUCAUCGCCCGCCUCCUCUUCCACGUAGUCUCUUACUCACCAACGGAGCUCAACACGGCAUACAUCUUUGUACUGAACUGCUUGUGGAUCACGGUGAUCCCGUUAUAGCCACUGAAUACUCGUAUUUUGGUUUACAUUAUGCUUUAAAACCCUAUCAUGUAGAAUUUAUUGGACUCAAAGAAGAUAAAGACGGUUUGAUUCCAGAAGAAUUAGAAUCAGUGCUGAAUACAAGAAUGAAACAAGGACUUAAAAUGCCAAGAGUAUUAUUUGUUGUUCCGACAUUCAGCAACCCUACUAAUUUUCUGCUGUCAGAGAGCAGGAAACGAAGGAUUUACGAAAUAGCUUGUAAAUACGAUCUAAUAAUUGUAGAAGACGAAGUUUACAUGUUCUUGAAUUACACUGAUACAGUUAUACCGUCUUUCCUGUCUCUGGAUACCACAGGUCGUGUGGUCCGUAUAGAUUCCAUCUCGAAGGUUGUCAGCGCUGGGUUGAGAGUGGGCUGGCUGACGGGACCUCAACCACUCAUCAGAUAUACUGAACUGACUUCAAUGUCUCAAAUCAUGCAUCCUUGCGCCGUUACUCAGUCCAUGAUCUACAGUCUGAUUACUGACCGAGAGCUUCUAACAAAACAUCUACUAAGUGUCAGAUGUUUUUAUAAAAAACAAAAGGAUUGUGUGAAUAACGCUCUGAAGAAGAUUGAAGAUCUGAUAGAAUGGGAAGAACCAGAGGGGGGCUACUACCACUGGAUAAAGAUACGUGGACUUGAGGACGUGCGUAACAUGGUUUUCAACACAGCGUUCAAGCACGGCUUAAUGUUAGAACCAGGUCACAAUUUCAGUUACGACACUGAGAGGCCGUCUCCGUACAUACGACUGACAUUCACGAGAAUGAACUUGGAACAACUAGACGAUAACAUUAAUACUAUUCGUGAUAUUAUAAUAGAAGAAAGAAAACUACAACAAAAAACAUGUUAG